UAUUAUUCUAUAAGUAAAUAUAUCAAUUCAAUUCAAUUAUUUGUAGUAAUGGACAUGAACAAAUCGUGUUACGUACAAAUUGAAGAUGAUAAUCAAACAUUAAUAAUCAAAGAAAAAUUCAAAAUGUACUCUAAAAUGUUGAAUUUUGUUUUUGUGAUAAUCAUAUUUUGUUUAUUACUUAUUAUUGUAAUAGAUUUUGAUGCCAGAAAAUUGGAACCGAUGAUACUGGGAUUGAAAGAAGACUUCAACAAUACGAGGGCUAAUGAAUCCUCACCAUAUGCUUAUGUGUGGGAAGCUAUAAGAUCGGCCAUUGCGCCAAGUACCUAUAUAGUUUUUUUUAUAUUUAAUUUUAAUUAUAUAUAUAUUUUCACAUCUUAUUUUUCGAAUGGUUACAAUUGUAAUAACUAUUGGUGAUAUUAUUAUUAUUCAUGGGAAUCUAUAUUAUUCCUAAAUUUGUUGAAUUUGUUAAAUUUAUUGUUGCGUCCUUUGAUUUCAGGGUACUUGACGCAAUGGCCGAUCUUAUAGCUUCCCAUACAUAAGCAUAUGGAAAAUUAAAUCAUGUAAAGAAAAUGCCAAUCUAAAUAACUGGUGAAAUUUUCAAGUAUCUACAUCUUGUAAUUUUUGAAUUAUAAAAAAUAUUUAAAUUCAUUUGACUUAUUAAAGGACAAAUCGUUAUCGUUACGCGAUUUCGUAAAAAUUUAAAAUUCAAACGGUUAUAACAUUUUUCCUAUAAUGACGCUUCGA